AUGGGGUUCCAGUUUAACCACGUGGGCGGGGGGACGAAGACGCGCCGUCCGAUCACGCUGCAGAUGAAGUACAAUCCAGCGUGCGUGGAGCCGCGGUGCUACUUAGUUCUGGAUAAGGAUCAUACGAGCGAACAGGAGAAGACUCUGCAGCAGCUACAGGCCUAUAUCGAGUCCGAGAACCAGCGGCUGGAGAAGGACAUGGGGCGAUUCUCGGACCGAGAGGUGGUGGUGCGCGUGGAGUACAAGUACUGCCCCAACCUCACCAUCAUUGACACUCCCGGGCUCAUUUCCGCCGCUCCCUCAGUCACACACACGGCGCUGCAGGAGCAAGCGCGGAUUGUCGAGGCGUUAGUCCUAGCGAAGAUGAAGCAGCAGGAGUUUGUGAUACUGUGUCUCGAAGACAGCAGCGACUGGAGCAACGCCACCACGCGGAGGAUUGUGAUGAAGGUCGACCCGGACCUCUCCCGAACCAUCCUCGUGUCCACGAAGCUCGACACGCGCAUCCCGCAGUUUUCCCGGGCAGCCGACGUGGAAAUGUUUCUCAACCCACCGCUGCCGGAUAUUUCCGCGUCGCGGCUGGCCACGCGGCCGUUCUUCACGUCUGUGCCGUCCGGGCGAGUGGGGUCCGGGUCUGAUGCGGUGUUCAUGACAGAUGAUGACUUCAGAGAUGCUGUUGCUCGGAGAGAGAUGAGCGACCUUGCAGCGCUAGAGGACAAAAUGGGCCGGCCUCUUUCGGACGACGAACGAGCACGGGUGGGGGUUAGCCGGCUUCGGCUGUUUUUGGAGCAGAUGCUGCAGCAACGGUACCUCGAGAGUGUACCGUAUAUAGUGCCGCUGCUUGAUAAGGAAUACAAGUCUGUCUCCACCAAGCUCUCUGCCACCUCUGCGGAGCUACAGAACCUGAGCGACGGCGAGUUGAAAGAGAAGAGCCGAAACUUCCGCGACAACUUUGUCCGGAAGCUCACGGUUCUGCUCCGUGGCUCCAUUGCUGCUCCGCCGGACAAAUUCGGCGAGACUCUGCAGGAAGAGAGGGCGCGUGGAGGGAUCUUUGUAGGGUCAGACGGCCAGCAGUUUCCACAGAGGCACAUGCCGAACGCCAGCAUGCGUCUCUUUGGAGGGGCGCAGUACCACCGGGCGAUGGCCGAGUUCCGGUUUGUGGUGGGUGCAGUGCGGUGCCCUGCGAUAUCGAGGGAGGAGAUUGUGAAUGCGUGCGGUGUGGAGGAUGUGCAUGACGGCACCAACUACUUCAGGACAGCGUGUGUGAUCGCUGUUGCCAAGGCAUGGGACGUGUUCGAGCCGUUCCUUCGACAGCUCGGGUUCCGUCUAUCCCACAUUGUGGGACGACUGCUCCCCAUCGUGCUGUUCCUACUCAAGAGGGACAAUGAGCCGAUGCUGGUGCAUGAAACGUUCAUAGAGCGAGUGCAGGAGUCGUACCACAAGUUCGUCGAUGCAACAGAGCGCUCCUGCAUUGACAAUCAGCCUCCUCUGCUUGCAAUUCCGUGUCUUUCUGCCCUUUGUCUCGCUCCACCCGCCCUCUGCUGCGUGCCCUCAGUCUCGCUCCGCCCUGCGUUCCUUCUUCGACUCGGCCAUGCCCAACCACGACUCUCCCCUCGUCUCUGCUCCCUCCUUAUGCUCAUCCUUCCUUCACUUGUUUUUUCUUCCACCCCGCUUCCUCCCAUACAGUCUCGAUCUGCACUGCGAUCCUUCUUUGAUUCAGCCAUGCCCAACCACGACUCCUCCCUCCUCGCUGCUGUCGGCGCCUUCGAAGCAUCCACGCCCAUGCCGGUCCCAGCAGCCACAAGCAGACAGAACUCGCCGCCCUUUGGCCCGACCGACUACCAGUCCAGUCCAAGCGACGACGGCCGGGGCGACAGAGGGGCAGUAGGGGGAACCAACCGAGCCAGCGGCAAUGGUACCACUGCUGGUGGUACCGCUAGUGGCGGUGCUGGUGGUGCUGGUUCUACUGCUGGUGGUGCCGCUGGUGCAGCAACAGGAGGCAGCGGCACAGGAGGAGGGAGGCUGGCGGAUCUCCUCGAAUCCACCCUCUGGACUCGCCGGCUCGCGCCGUCCUCAGAAGACAUAGUGAACGCGCUGGUGAUGCAGAUUUUCGAGGGCAUCCGGGACCACUUUGACCUGGAGGCGGUGGCAGGGGGUGGGCUGGAUGCGGUGUUUGAUAUCUCGAGAGUGCGCGGGCAGCUGGAGAGGAGCCGCGGGGAGCUGGAUGAAGAGCUGAGGCGGGUGCAUGCACUUCAGGCCAAGUUCGCCAGUAUUCACCACAGCCUGAGCGUGAUGCCAUCCCAUGCCAUGUCAGCACCAACGGGGUCUCUUUUCAGCUCACAGACUGGAGCGUCGCCGUUGCCCUCCUUUGGGUCGUCAGACGCAGCUCUCCCGCCCUCACGGCAUUUUGCCGACUCGCUCUCAUCGAUUCUUGGAGGUCGCCUCUUUGAGAUUGCCACGCAGGGGAACAAGGAUGGUCUCAUGCGCUUCCUGGAGUUUGCAGCUAUCAAGGCUGUGUUUGACAAGGGUUCACCUGAUGAAAUUGACCGCAUGUGCUUUCAAUUCAUGGACGUUCUCAAGUCUGGGAAAGUCGACAGGCGAGAGGUUGAAGAGGUGAUUCGCAGUGCUCUCACCACUGUCUUCGGCCCCCAGCACUCCCUUACACUUGCCAUCAUCCAAGCCUUCGUCUCCCCUGCCUUCCCAUCUAUUCCUACAUCUAGUACGUGGACUUCUUUCAGUCACUCCUCCCUCGCUUCCACCGCUCUCCAUCCCUCUUCUGCUCGGUCUUCCACAGCUGCUGCACCGCUUGCUGCAUCAGCAACGGCAACAGCAGCACCAUCGGAGGGAGCAGGGGGACAGCAGCAGCCAGAGGGGAAAGAAGUAGGGAGGCCAGAGCAAGAAGGGGAGGGCGUAGGUAGGGAUGGUAGUGCGGGUGCCAGUGUUGCUGCUGCUGAUACCAGAGUUUAUGAUGAUGGUGCCAGUGUUGCUGCUGAUGAUGGAAGGGAGUUGUCAUAUUAG